GAGGAAGUUCCCGAUGCCACUGGAGACCCCGCCCACUCUCCGGCAGAGGACAGGUUCAAGAUGGCGACGUCCCUGAGGUGCUUCCUCCGCAUUGGAAAGAAUGCCGUGUCUGCUGUACGGGUGCGGGGAUUUCACAAAAGCUCUCCGGCCGCUGUGCAGGUGACCGUCCGUGAUGCCCUCAACCAGGCGUUGGACGAGGAGCUGGAGAGGGACGAGCGGGUGUUCCUGAUGGGUGAGGAGGUGGCUCAGUACGACGGAGCCUACAAGGUGAGCAGGGGCCUGUGGAAGAAAUAUGGAGACAAACGCGUCAUGGACACUCCGAUCUCAGAGAUGGGGUUCGCCGGCAUCGCAGUGGGAUCCGCCAUGGCCGGCCUCAGGCCCAUCUGUGAAUUCAUGACCUUUAACUUCUCCAUGCAAGCCAUCGACCAGGUCAUCAACUCUGCAGCAAAGACCUACUACAUGUCAGCCGGUCUGCAGUCGGUCCCCAUCGUCUUCAGAGGACCCAACGGAGCGUCGGCAGGCGUUGCUGCUCAGCACUCGCAGUGCUUCGCUGCGUGGUAUGCUCACUGUCCAGGUCUGAAGGUUGUGAGUCCCUGGAACGCAGAAGAUGCCAAGGGCCUCCUGAAAGCAGCCAUCAGAGACGACAACCCUGUGGUGUUCCUGGAGAACGAGCUGAUGUACGGCGUUGCCUUCGAGAUGUCGGAGGAGUCGAUGUCUAAAGACUUCACCAUUCCCAUCGGCAAAGCAAAGAUUGAGAGACAAGGCAAUCACGUCACCUUGGUUUCCCACUCUCGGUAUGUGGGUCACUGUCUGGAUGCUGCCGCCGUCCUCGCAAAGGAGGGGGUCGAGUGUGAGGUGAUCAACCUUCGGACCAUCCGUCCUAUGGAUGUGGAAAGCAUUGAGGCCAGCGUGGUGAAGACCAACCACCUGGUGACAGUGGAGGGUGGCUGGCCUCAGUUUGGUGUCGGAGCCGAGAUCUGUGCCAGGAUCAUGGAAGGUCCGGCCUUCAACUACCUGGAUGCUCCGGUUACCAGGGUAACAGGCGUCGACAUCCCCAUGCCAUACGCCAAAAUCCUAGAGGACCACAGCAUCCCUCAGAUCAAAGACAUCAUCUUCGCCGUCAAAAAAACCCUCAACGUCUGAGACCCUCUCGUUCACACUAGACUAUUGAAAUGUCGGUAAAAUAUUAGAACCAUGUAUAAAAUACAGCCAAAAUGUUCUUUUCCUCUAAAACAAUAAUCCUUCAGAUUGUUAAGUUUCCGGCCAGAUGUUGGUCAAUCAAACGCACAACAACAGAGAGUUAAGUUGAACUGGUUAUGAAGUUGACUGAACUCUGUUUAUCUGUAGCUCUGGCUGCUUUCUUCACUUCCACUUUCAAAAUAAAAGCUUUAAGCUUUAUCUUGUAGGCUCAUUUUCUGUGCUCAUGAGGAUGUUUAAGAAUGACUAAAAAAAAAAAAUCUAUAUUUUAUUAAAUUUUAUUUUUCCCACUAAAGAUAUUUAGUAAAUUCGGUUUUGCCCUUUCUUAGUUUUGUCGGUCAAAGCUUAAAUUCUUAUUUAUUGGGAAUCUCUCAACUUCAGAUUCCAUUUUGUUAAAGGUUUUAUUUAAACCCUUUGUUUUUGCCUUUUCACAACUAAAUUUAAUGUCUCCAAACUACUCCAUCAAGACACAUCUGGCGAAGACCAUUUCAGACCCUCCAAAUGUCAAACCUGCACUUAUAUUUUCAGGCUGAUUUAAAUGUGAAACUCUUUGCAGUUGUUGUCGGUAAUAAACUUCCACAUGUUUCUAACCACCAGAACACACCACAUUCAGACUAUUAACCUAAUUCCUGACUCUGACUCAAGUUCGUCUCCACUUAAGCAGCAGUGAAGAAGAAGAAGAAGAAGAAUGACCCAGAGAAUGGGAAUAUUUAUUGUAGCUGCAGCAGCUUUGUGGAUGUUUUGUUGCUGUAAAUGACUGUUACGGAAAAUAAAAACCUGUCAGUCCCUUAA